AUGGCGUUGCUUCAGCUUACGGAGGACAUGACCCUUGACAAGAAGCUGUGGAGGUUGAGAAUUAAGAUAAAAGGCAUACCGGUUGGUGAACAAAAACAUGACCUUGUUGUUAAUUUCUCUACUAUUUUUCAAGAGGAAAAUAUUGUGAUUGACUUAGGAACUACUUAUACUUUCCUUGCUGCACCGUUUUACAAUCAAUUCGAUACAUUGGUGAGAGAAGCCAUUAAAGUAGAACCGUGGGAUGACAACUCAUCAUCUGGGCUAAGUCUCUGCUACAAAGAUCUGAAAGGCACUGAUAUUCCUCCAAUGACGCUUUAUUUUAUUGGAGCUGAUGUCCUAUUGUCUGGGGAGAAUAUAAUGCCUCCAAUUCUAAAUAGUAGCAGAAUUCAGUGCCUAGCCUUUAAACGACCGGAAGAUCAGUCUUUCUUUGGCAAUAUGGCCCAAUCAAACUUUCUCGUUGGAUACAAUUUAGAUAAAAAUGAUCGUAUCUUUCAAGGCCAUUGA